CCAAUUUCUUGACGGUGGGCUGUUUCCCAUUCCGUAACAAGAAAAACCCAAUUUAAACCCCAAACACAAAACGCAAACCCUCCUCCUCCGUCUCUUCUAUUCCGCCUCUCUCAGCCGCCAAAAUGUGGCGGAGUAUAGACGCUCACCUUAAAGCCAUUCGCUUACCUGUCCGUGCCAUCCUUCUCUCCCAAUCAAACCCUUGUUGCUCUCUCCCUCUACCAAAGCCACGCUCUCACCAUUUCUCCUUUCCCAAAACCCUAACUGUUUACUCAAUUUCUACUUCCUUUUCUCCAAUUCUCAGUUUUACUGGCCGUCCACAUUGUGGCAGUAGUAGCACUACUAGUUUGGCGUUUUUGAGGUGUGUCUCGUCAAUCUCCUCAGCCUCCGCGCCGCAGCAGCAGACGACGGUAGACUGGAACGAACCAGUGUCGACCUCCGAAUUUGAAAAUGAUGGAAACAACCGCCCUGUGGUAGAGGAUUCCAAGUCUUCAAUUACUGUUCGAGCUUAUUUCUUCUCCACCAGUGUGGAUUUGAAGAGCUUAGUGGAACAGAACAAACCCAAUUUCAUCCCACCAACUUCCCGUAUGACUAACUAUGUCGUUCUUAAGUUUGGGAAUCUCGCUGAACCCAGUGGUUUGGGCACUUGCAUAACUGGAAGGAAUAGCUGUUACAUGGUAGUGUUUCAAUAUGGCUCUAUUGUCUUGUUUAAUGUCCGUGAACAUGAGGUUGAUGAUUACUUGAAAAUUGUAAGAAAACAUGCAUCAGGAUUGCUUCCUGAAAUGAGAAAGGAUGAAUAUGAGGUGAGAGAGAAGCCAACUUUGAACACGUGGAUGCAAGGAGGAUUGGAUUACAUAAUGUUACAGUUCUUGAAUAUUGAUGGAAUUCGCAUAAUUGGCAGUGUUCUUGGUCAAAGUAUUGCUCUUGAUUACUAUGGACGCCAGGUUGAUGGAAUGGUUGCUGAAUUUACCGACAUAAAUCGUGGGAUGGAAAAAACUGGAACAUUUUCCAUGGAUAGCAAAAAACUUUUUCAACUAGUGGGGAAAGCAAACUCUAAUCUUGCUGAUGUUAUUCUUAAGCUUGGACUUUUUGAGAGAUCAGAUAUUGCUUGGAAAGAUGCCAAAUAUGCUCAGAUAUGGGAAUAUCUAAGAGAUGAAUUUGAAUUAACUCAAAGGUUUGCAAGUCUUGAUUUUAAGUUGAAGUUUGUGGAGCAUAAUAUUCGCUUUCUUCAGGAAAUUCUGCAGAAUAGGAAAUCAGACUUCUUGGAAUGGCUCAUUAUCAUUUUAAUUAGCGUUGAAAUCAUCAUAUCUGUAUUUGAUAUUUCCCAUAGGUCAGGAUUUAAAUUCUUCAAAUUAUUUUAACAUCAAUGGCCAGCAAUCCAUCUGAUUGAAAGUGGCACGAAGUGUUAAGUCACUUGGUUCCUGUAAAUAGUUAGACUCAGAUUGUAUAUUUGAUUUUGUUGCUAAGUUAUAAUAUAGAGCUUUUGUCAA